UUUUAAAUAGUAUCAAGGUCACUUGAUGGACCUGCUUGCUAAUUUUAAUAACUUGGAAGAAUGUUUAAUAUCAGAUGAUCUCUUUGAAAACUACUUCAAUUUUUUCUUAUCACUACCAGUGUUUUCGCUUAAGUUACAAUACAACCGACUGAUUGGUGAUUUCAACUUCACGGAUUCGCAUGAACUUGAUAUUAAAGAGUCAUCAAACUUAGGCUUGUCAGAUGAAAAUCAAGAACGUGUUAUUAAGUGGGCUGAGUCCGAACGUCUACCAUACUUUUUGAGAAGUGAUAUUUAUCGAGAACUGCUAUUAUGCAAGCUGUUGUUAGCGCCUCUUGAACUGAAUUCCGAACUUAUCGAUUACUGGGAGCCGUUUAGUGAUGAUUUAGCUAGCUCCUUAGUUGAUCCUACUGGAAUCAGUAGGCAUACUUACACUUCUUGGACGUCGGAUCUCACCACUUAUGAUGAUGCAACAGAAGAGAGCUACGAUGAAAGUUCUAGAAAAAAUAGUAAAUCUACUUCAUCAUUUAGUAAUCAAUCAAGUUAUGAAACUUCGAAUGCAAUCAGUGAAUCUGUUAGUCAUGAAUCUGUCGAUAAAUUAAAAUCGGAUCGAAGAAAAAGUCGUGAAUACUCAAAGUAUUUUAAAACUAGGCGAAUAACUAUGUUUGAAGGUAAUUUCCCAAAUCGGAAUGAUAACAAUCGUCCAAGUCCAUUAACUGAACAAACUAGUCAUGAUGAUGAUGAAAUUCAGCAUACAAAUGAUAAUAAUAAUAUAACUAAAAAAUAUCGACGUCAAUCAGAACCAAUUAAUAAAUCAUUAAAUUAUUAUCAAUAUUAUUAUUAUUAUCAUUAUUCAAAAGAAGAUACAUUAAAAAUUAUUGAACAAGUACAAAAUAGUUUAAAACAAUUAGAAGAGAAAAAUUUAAAUUCAUCAAGUAAUAAGCUAAAUUUAACGCAUACUAUUGAUAAAUCAAACUCUUUCACAUUUAAUAUUGACAAUACUACUGCUGAUAGUAAUAAUUCAAAAAGUAUUUUAAAUGAUGAAUUUGAUAUUAAGAAUGUUUUUCAUCAAAUUCAAGCAAUGGAAGAACGACAAAAUAUUCCAAUGCAACAAUUAAAAGAGUUAUUAUUAUCAUCGCGAGAUGGAAUGAAAGAUUUUAUGGCUUUUUUAGUUACAACCAAUGGAAUACAUCUUGUUGAUUUUUGGUUAGAUUGUGAAGCGAUUAAAAUGAUCUCAUCUAUGAAAGAUUCAUCAACUGUUGAUAAUAUCAAAUUGAAAUUUGAUUUAUUACGAGAUCUUGAAGAUCAAUACCUACUUCGAUUGACAUCGAAAGCACGUGAAAAAUUAUUCACUACAAUUAAUACCAUUUCAGAAUAUUUUGUGACAAAAUGUAGUAAUAGUAGUAAUAGUAGUAGUAGUAAGAAUGAGAAAAAUAAUCAACAUAUUAAUUCAGAUGAAACAUAUCUAUGUCAACUUGGUGAUAUUAUGUUUGAUUGUGUCCAAUAUGAUUGUUUACGUCGUUUGCGUUACUAUUGGUUACCAAGAUGGUUAUUACACUGGGAAAGAAUCAUUAGAGAUUGUCAAUUUUUACCAAAUAAUCUCGGUGGUUCUAGUUUAUUCUACAUACCAUCACGUUGUUCAUCAUUACUGAAAGAUGAUUAUGAUAAUGAUAAUCGAACUCAGCAUAACAAUCAUCGUGAGUCGAAAUCAUCCAGUGUAGUAAUACAACGCACUAAAUCAUUGACUACGUCGGAUAUGGUUGAUGAACAACAAGCUGGUGAUCGAGAUGUUGCGGAUGAUGACGCUGACGAGGAUGAGGUGCAAUAUGAAGAAACUGAUGAAUUAUUUGACAAUAUCAAUAAUGAUCAAUCAAUUGUUGAUCAACAGAGUUCAUCAACGCAAACAACACGAAAACCAUCAAGUACACUAUCGAAUGAUGAGAAAACAUGGAAUAAAGAAAUUUAUGAUUUAGCUAUUAAAACAGCUUUAUCAAAAACUGGCUUAAUUCAAUGCAAUCAUAAUAAUGAAUUAUUAAGAAGCAUGCCAAGAAAACGUUUAAAAUCUUAUGUUCCAUCACGAUUGAAUUCAUCUAAUCAUAAAACAACAACAAUGAUGACACAAUUAUCAUCUAAAAUGUCAACAUAUGAUGAUACAAUACAAUUAUUAUUAUUCAACAAACAUUCUAAUCAACAAUCAAUAAAAAAUAAAUCAUUAUUUAAAAAAUUCAAUCUCUCAUCUACUAUACCAUAUGAUUUAAAUAAUAUUAUUGGUUUAAAAAAUUGUCCCGGUUCAAAAUGGCGGAAUUUAAAAAUUCAAAAUUCAACAACAUUGUCCAAUAUAACAUUGGAAACAAUGAAGAAUCAUCAUUCUUUAGUGAAUCAAAAAAGUUCCAUUGUGAUUGAUUCGUUUAUGUCAACAUUAGGAAUAAAUAAUAAUAAUAAUAUAUUUUCAUCAAAUUUAAAACAACAUGACAUCAAAUUGAAAUCAUCUCAACAUGAAUUAAUCAAUACUGGUAAAUUGGAAUUAUUGGAAAAAGCAGAAGAAUCGUUAACUACAACGAAAUAUCAAAAAGAUCAGAAUUAUUCUACUGAACAAAUAUUGAAAAAUAAGUGUUUAUCAGCAAUACAUGCGGAUGCUGCAUCUGGUGGUCCAUUUCAAUCAUAUUUAGAAAGGUAG